UAGAGGGCUGUAUGAAGUUGUGCUCACAUCAAUGAAUGAAGCAUUGAUGUAGUCAGAGCCCUCCACUGCUGGAUUUCCCUUCAACUGGACCCUACUGUGAUCAUCUGCAGUGGAAUCUUGCGAUCUCUAUCUUGAUGCAACAAUUUCACAUAUUCUGGGAACUCAGCCACGGGGACAUCACUGCGAGAAACCACUACAAAAAUGAUAGUUUGACACACACUAUUAAAUUUCACUUUCGUUAUAAUUAUUGCCUAUGUUGGAUGGAUCUUCAAAGUAGUAUUCUUUCUCUUCCUCAUUGCUUUCCUCAAAAUCUUUCAUCUCCAGUC